AGGAGAAUGUUGAAGGUACUGUUUGUUCUGAUCCUUCGGAUUCCACGCCUGAUUCUUUGCUAUCUGAAACAGAUCUGCUCACUCAAACGCUAUCCGCCAGGGCCUUUUCCACUUCCCGUGAUAGGAAGCAUGUGGCGGCGGCUUGGGAUUGACAUAUCAGAGACGACUUUCAGAAAGCUGGCAAAGCAAUAUGGGAACAUCUAUUCUCUGUGGGGAGGCGGUUAUCAUUGCAUAGUUCUCUGUGGAUACCAAGCAGUGAGAGGGGGACUGAUUGACCAUUCAGAAGCUUUUGUUGAUCGCCCAGUCACGACGUAUCUUUUAGAUACAACUCAAGGAAAGGGUAUUUUGUUUUCAAAUGGUCACACCUGGAAGCAGCAAAGACGGUUUAGUGUUGUUACCAUGAGGAAGUUGGGAUUUGGGAAAAAAGGCAUGGAAUCUCAAAUCCAAGAGGAGGCCCAACAACUUGUGGAAUUCUUUGCAGAUACAAAGGGGCAACCCUGUGACCCACUGCUACCCAUAACAAAAUCAGUUGCAAAUGUGGUCUGUGCUGCAACUUUUGGCCAUCAGUUUUCCAUUGAAGAUAAGGACUUCCUGGAUUUGAUGGAAGCUUUUUCGGUUGUCUCAAAAUUUGGAAGCACUGUCUAUUACCUACUCUAUGAAGGUUUCCCAUAUAUCAUGAAGCAUCUGCCAGGCCCUCACCAGGCUGCCCUAUCUGCUGUAGAGAUGAUGAUUUUGUUUGUGAAGAAGGAGAUCAAACAGCAUAAGGAGAAUCAAAACCUACACGAACCAGAGGAUUUCAUUGAUUUCUAUCUAUUUCAAAUGGAGAAAAGCAAGAAUGAUCCAAAUUCUACCUAUGAUGAAGACAACUUGGCCCAGUGCACUUUUGACUUCUUUGUUGCUGGGACAGAAACAACCUUAACUUAUCUCCAAUGGGCAUUGCUGCUCAUGGCGACUCAUCUGGAUAUCCAAGAUAAAGUAUACAAGGAAAUGGAAAACGUUUUGGGUUCAUCACACUCAAUCCGUUAUGAAGAUUGGAGGAAACUGCCAUACACCAAUGCUGUGAUUCAUGAGAUCAUGCGAAACAAGUAUUCCUUGUUAUUUGGACUUCCAAGACAAUGUGUGCAGGACAUCUAUUUGAAUGGGUUUCUAAUCCCCAAGGGAGCUGUUAUUCUUCCAGACUUACGAUCUGUUCUUUUGGAUCCUGAACACUGGGAGACACCUGAAGAGUUCAACCCAAAUCAUUUUUUGGACAAGGAAGGAAAUUUUGUGCUAAAAGAAGCAUUUCUUCCCUUUGGAGCAGGAGCUCGUUCCUGCUUGGGGGAACUCCUUGCAAAGAUUGAGAUAUUCAACAUGUUUACCAGCCUGCUGAGGCAAUUUAGGUUUGAGCCACCAGAAGGUGUGGAAAAGCUGAGUGAAGAAUCUAUAAUAGGGGUGGCUGUGGCUCCCUCUCCUUACAAGAUUUGUGCUCUUCCUCGUAUCAGGACACCCUAA